UCCGGGGCGGCAGCUGCAGUCUCUCUCUCUCUCUUUUCUCCCUCUCUCCCUCUCUCUCAUCUCUCUCAUUCUCUCUCACCUCUCGCAAGUUUCCCAUCUCCUCAAGAUCACGGCAAAAGGAAGAACCACCGACAUCGCCUCGCUGCUUCAGGUUUUACAAAAGAAAAAAAAAACCCAAUAAAAAAUAACACAGGAAUGAAGACGAAAUGGAGCAUUCACAAUGUGCCAUUGCUGCUUGUGGCUCUCUUGGUGGGGGACCCAGCCAGGUUGGUGCUGGCUAACAUCCAAGAAGACGAAGCUAAAAAUAACAUUACCAUCUUUACAAGAAUUCUAGACAGACUUCUGGAUGGUUACGAUAAUCGGCUUCGACCAGGGCUAGGAGAUAGUAUUACUGAAGUCUUCACUAACAUCUAUGUGACCAGUUUUGGACCAGUCUCAGAUACGGAUAUGGAAUAUACAAUUGAUGUUUUCUUUCGACAAAAGUGGAAAGAUGAACGAUUAAAGUUUAAAGGUCCCAUGAACAUUCUUCGACUUAACAAUUUAAUGGCUAGCAAAAUAUGGACUCCCGAUACCUUCUUCCAUAAUGGGAAGAAAUCAGUAGCUCAUAAUAUGACAAUGCCAAAUAAGUUGCUGCGAAUUCAGGAUGAUGGGACGCUCCUCUAUACAAUGAGGCUGACAGUGCAAGCCGAGUGUCCCAUGCACUUGGAGGAUUUUCCAAUGGAUGCCCAUUCGUGUCCUCUGAAGUUUGGCAGCUAUGCAUAUACAACCUCAGAAGUCACUUAUAUUUGGACGUACAAUGCAUCUGAUUCAGUACAAGUUGCCCCUGAUGGCUCAAGGUUAAAUCAGUAUGAUCUGCUGGGCCAGUCAAUUGGAAAGGAGACAAUCAAAUCAAGUACAGGUGAAUAUACUGUAAUGACAGCUCAUUUCCACUUGAAAAGAAAGAUUGGGUACUUUGUGAUUCAGACGUAUCUGCCUUGCAUCAUGACUGUCAUUCUCUCCCAAGUGUCAUUCUGGCUUAAUCGAGAAUCUGUGCCUGCAAGAACUGUGUUUGGAGUCACCACGGUUCUGACCAUGACGACUCUAAGCAUCAGCGCCAGGAACUCUCUCCCCAAAGUGGCUUAUGCAACAGCCAUGGACUGGUUUAUUGCUGUGUGCUAUGCGUUCGUGUUCUCUGCCCUAAUUGAAUUUGCCACUGUUAAUUACUUCACUAAAAGAGGAUGGGCUUGGGAUGGGAAGAGCGUAGUAAAUGACAAGAAAAAAGAAAAAGGCUCCGUCAUGAUCCAGAACAAUGCUUACGCGGUAGCUGUUGCCAAUUAUGCCCCUAACCUCUCAAAAGAUCCAGUUCUCUCCACUAUCUCCAAGAGUGCAACCACGCCAGAGCCCAACAAGAAACCGGAAAACAAGCCGGCUGAAGCCAAGAAAACGUUCAACAGUGUUAGCAAAAUUGACAGAAUGUCAAGAAUAGUCUUCCCAGUCUUGUUCGGCACAUUCAAUCUAGUGUACUGGGCUACGUAUUUAAACAGGGAACCUGUAUUAGGGUUCAGUCCUUGAAACUAGACCCGGGGGUAUCUUUGCGAUGCUGAGCAACAUGAAACUCCAUUUGUUUUGCUAUGUACAGUUCGACUAAUAACUGCUAAUUGGUGAAUGGACAUGUACAGUAUGUAUAUAGCGACACAGCUUACCAGUAGAUCUCUAAUGGAGUCACGCAUUUGCUCAUCCAUGGAACUGCAGGCAGAAAGCACCCCCGUGCCAAAAGAGCCAGCGCCUUUUUGGAACUUUACAUUAGGAAUUGGUUUAAAUGGGUUUCAAAUGUCCUGAUUUCUUUCCUGCCCUUUAAUAUAGAGGGAAAAUGGGGGCUACAGCCUGCUUGUAUUUAUGUUUUAUUUAAGUAUUAAAUAUGAAUAUUUUCUACUCUUGUCUACUUGUGAUGCAAGGUAAGAUUGUCCUUCACAGACAAAUUCUUCUAAAUAGCAGGGCCUGGCAGCUAGGACAUCCAUUCCCUUCCUGAGUGCUCAGAAUCCCGGCUCAUGUGACAGGAAGCUUGGCACACAUAAGAAGAAAAGCUAGCGAUUACACAAAAUCAGCUUUUAAUUACCCUGUAUAUUACCUAUAGUCAUGUACAUAUUAAGCGUGAUGAGCUCAAAUAAUUACAGGAGUUACCCCUGACAAGAUUUGAAUUAUGUCUAGAAUUUAUUAACCAUUGGAAUGUCAUGGUCAUUGCAUUUUUCACUUUAGAGUUUAUUUGAAAGUAAUAAUUGAACUCUGACAAUUAUUUUCAUUGAAAACUACCUUAAGUUUUAAAAAAAAGUGUCUUGCUCUUUCCAAGUAUGUGUUCUAUUAAAAUUGAUCACCUACAUUUUCUUGGUGCUGGAGACUAGGAAAAGCAUCCAGGUUGGCUGCUAUGGAGUAACAUUCAUUUUGGAUGAGAAAAUUGUGCCAAAAACUCCCACUGAUGAGAAUUCAUAAGUGUCACAGAAUCUAGAGACCACUUACCGGAUUCUCUUCUUUCCUGUUUACUGCAAAUUCUGCCUUAAGCCUUCUUUUCAUCAGGGCUCAGAAGCCACUAAUUCUAAAGGAAAAGGUAGUUAACUGGCACAUUUUUCUGCCUUGAAAGCAGCUUUUUUGGUUAAGAAUUCAUGUAAAUCUCCCUUUGUAAAUUGCAACUUUAAAUUUCACAGACUCAAAUUUACAAUAGCUUUGUAUACCAAAUGAGAUUUUGGUAAGAGUUGAGCAUUUUUAAUCUGAAACUUUGAAACUUCAACAGGUAGUGGGUUAUUGAAAUUGCAUACAAACAUACUAAUCUCACAUGCAAAGAGUUAAAUUAGAAGACACACUCACACAAACAAGUAGUUAAGUGAGAAGACACACUACAAUUUUAUACAAGUAGUAAUUAUUAAUGGAUGACAUACACAACCUGUUUCUAUAAAAACUACAGCCUAGGAAACACUGUGGGCCAGUUCUACUCUGUCAAAUUGCGUCCGUCACUGAGGCAGUUGACUUCAUAGCAUCCAGCAGCAACAAUUAUAACAAAAUAUUUUAAAUUUUAACAUUUAAAAAACUUCCUUUGCCCCUGAAAGAGCAAAUGAAAUUUAACAUUUGUGUAUCAUACCUGAAUUCAAAGUUUUGGUCAGAUCUAAAGUCCUUUUGAUUCACAUAUACAUUAGCAGUUAUUAGCUGACUUUCAAAAUUAGAUAUCACUUUAUGAUGGUGUCUUUGUAGAAACAUCAGUAGUCCAAUCGUGGCAUUUCUGGCAGUUUUGUACAGUAUUUGAGUAAAGUGCAUAAAUAGGUAUGUUCAAAAAAUUAAUAAAAGGCAUAUCUUAUGGAAAUAAGCAAAAUCUCAAUCAAUGAUGUUUUACUUUGCCUCCUUUAGUUAUUUAUGUUCAUUUUUGUUGUCUUAAUGUGAUUCUACUGUGUGCUUUGCAUGAUUGCAUUGAUACCAAGGUCGUAAAUGCAUUCUAUUAACAGAAUUUGCCAUGAAGUCAGCCUUGAUUUAAAAAAAUAAAUAAAACCCUCACAAAGGUAAUCCAUAAUCUUCAAUAAAAUAAACUUGUUACAUAUGCCGAUAAAUGAAUUUUUUUAAUUCCUUUCCAAUUUUUUGGUAUCUAAAUAUUUUUUAAAUGUGUGUUGUUCUUUUCAUUCGAUGAGACAAAAGAUACCCUAUUUUGUUAUACAUGUAAACAUAAUAUAGCUCCUCUGUGAUGCGUAGGCAAGUGUGCAAUAUCCUAAGAGAGUCUGUAAUGCCGGACGACAAGUAAUAAAACUGCUAUGUAUGGUAUGCAUCUAUCAGGCACUUUUAAAAAGAGUUCCCUUCUAAGUUCUGCAUUUUCCCUUCAUUUCCCUUAAUUUAAAAUUAUACAUUUAUAAAUAUGUACAUAUGUAAGAAUAAUUGUAAAUAACAGUUUUCAUAGGACAACAGACAAGAUUCAUCCCUACCUUGGUCCAAGAGCUGUACUUAUAGUGAUGUCACCAAUUUUGAUAGAGUUUAUGAAAGUGAUCAGAAAUAAUAUUAUCAUUAUUAUUAUUUUCACUUGUGGUUGUUAAAAACUUUUUGAGCCAAAUGACUUCGUGGUACUUCAUGUGUGCCAAUAAUGUUGGUGUGGUCUUUCUUUUUAGUUCAUUAACUUCUUCUGAAGGUUGAAUAAAUCCAAAGCAUCGUUUAUUUUGAUGAAGAGGGAGGCUGCUUCAUGGAAAAUUAUCUUCUAUAUCCAUGGUUUUUACUUUUAUUUCUGAAUCCAUAAACUAGUUUUAAAAUACGUACAAAGUAAGAGUCAGAUGGAUUGACCACACACCAAAAAAAUAGAUCUUUUCCGCAGGAAACAAAAUUUUAGUACCCUAGUAUUGUACUCACUGGGUUAUAAAGACUCUAUCCACUUCCUGCAGUGUACAUUGACAUAACGAGUUAUGGUCUGUACAAAGUGUACAUAAACAGGUGUACAUAUAUAGAGAUAGAUAUAAUCAUGUCAUUGUAUAGCUCCAGCUCAGCUUCAACUAAUCCUUAUUCAACAUUUUAAACAUUUCCUACUAGAUGCCCUAUUCUGCAUUUGUUGUCAGCACCACUCAGCUCACGCCCAUGCAGUUUUUGUUGAAUAUUGCAGUGUAUCUCAUAAAAACUUGAAGUCCAACAUUUAAUGAAACGUGUGAAAUUAAUUUAGCACCGAGUUGUUUGAUUGUUUUAUGAGCCAUGAUAUCACUAAUGUACUAAUAUGGUAGCUGUUUGCUGUGCCAUCAUUGUUCUUAUUUGUUUGAAUAUAGAUGUGAUAACUAAUUUGCCAUUUAAUAAAUUUUUUAAAACUU